AUGGACGCAGUCUUGAAGCGCAGCGAAAGUGAUCCCGGCGUUGUUGGCAUUGCUUACUUUCCUGUAUUGGAUGGGCAACAUCAGUUAGAUAUUCGCGUUCGUGGAGUCUCGAUAAGUGGUUGUCCCGUUGCUGUGGAAGUACGCCAUGGUCGUAAUUAUGCAGAAAUUGCAGCGCAAGGGGAGCUGUUCUCUUUCGGAAAAGAAGGUGAGCGCAUUCAAUUGAAUUUGGGCUCCAUUCCACUUUCCACAACCCAUAAACGAAAAACGGAAGUUUGUCUAAGAGGAGAGGGAUUGAUUUUAUUAUUGCGAUACAAAUAUUAGCA